GCUCCAGGGAGCUUAGGCUGCACUUUUGAGCGGCCGGUGAGUAAUGUACAGUGGAUAGAGCCUCUCUUUUAAAUCCCAGGGCAGCGGGGCCUUCAAGGCUAGCACUGCAAUUUCAAUUAGCCGCUGAGUGAAAGCUUGGCAUGUGUAUUAGUGAGCAGGGACACAAUUAGCUUAUUCUUCCUUUCCCAAUUGUGUUGAGAGGAUUCAGAAGAUUGGUGGGGGAUCAGGCAAGGCAGGCAUCACUGGAUACUGAAGAAGGGAGUUGCUCAAACCUCGGCAUCUUCACUUGCGCAGGCUGGAAUUACAGAGAUUUGUUACAAAGCACCGUGUGUGGGGCUAGGUGAAGCGGCGUGCCUCAGGAACACUCCAGACACCACUUGGGUUUGUCUUUGUGAGUGCUUCACCGCUCUGUCUUAUUCUCAUCGCUAACAUGGAGCCCAACAGCCCCAAAAAGAUACAAUUUGCUGUGCCUUUAUUCCAGAGUCAGAUCGCUCCAGAGGCAGCCGAACAGAUCAGGAAAAGAAGACCCACACCAGCAUCCCUUGUGAUACUCAAUGAACAUAAUCCCCCAGAAAUCGAUGAGAAGAGGGUGACCAACACUCAAGAAUCGCAGAAUGCAUCCCCUAAGCAAAGGAAGCAGAGUGUGUACACACCGCCUGCCAUGAAAGGUACUGUUCAGGGGUUAAGCAUCUGAAAGGCCAGAAUGGAUCAGCAUUCCCUGAAGAAGAAGAAAGUGCAAGCGAAAGAGAAGAUAAGUGGGAGCACUAAUUACCCCCCCACACACCCCCGGAAGCAAGAGGACUCCUUGGGGUUAGCUGGACUGAACGCUCUUCUGAAUAGCCUAUGGUACUCCCAAGCCCCGCCUCCCCCAGGCUCUUCUGCCUCGGCUCCACACCCACAGCAGUUACGAUCCCCCAGAAGACUCCUUGACUGAACUGGGAAGCCUAGUGCGGAUUGUUGUGUACCGCUCACAGCAAAGAACAGGCACUUAUUGUAUAACAACUUUUCUUUUAAACUAGCAAUACCUGGGAAUCUGCUACCGUGUGUGUGUUCUCACUUUGAAUUCCUACUGGCCUGCUAAUAUGAUUUACUUUCCAAAGUCAAAGUAGAGAGUUUCACUCAAAGAGUACAGAAUAAAUAUCAAAUGCACUUGGAAUGAAUGUGAGUGGGCUUAAUGGAAGAGGAAUGUCUGUGGAAGCUGCUGAGUUAAUACCUGCCUUUGGCACGCUUCUGUGUAUAGAUCAGACCCGAGUUUACUUCAAAAGGCAAAGAUAGGUAGAUGUCAGUUAUCUUGAUUCAGAACAGCACACCAGAUAUGAAAGGUUCCUCCUCCCGCAGUGCGUUAAUGGUUACAUAAAGAAACGAAUGUCUCUUCAUUCUCUAAGCUGUGCAAUGUUGGCUUCUCUGCAUCAUCUAAUCAUCGAGAAGGAAAUGCUAAAUUUCUAAUAAAACAUGGCCGAUCUCUUCUGUGCUCUCCUUUUUAACAAUGUGAAGUUAAGCCAUCUGUUGUGAUUGGGUUUUGUUUGUCUGGGGGGUUUGGUUGUCUCUUUUACUUUCCUUGGUGCUGAGAAUGAAGCCAGGGCUUUGUAUAUGCAAAUAUUCACCCACUAGGCUAUGCCCUCAGUCACAUUGCAUUUUAAUAAAUCCUCAGUGUUUUAUUAUUCCCCUCUGUGACAGAAUAAAAAGAAAGUCUCAUCAAUUCAGCCGUAGACUCGCCCAUUAAUUUGACAACUGCUUUUUGUGGAGUUUUAACUUUUUUCUGUUACUUUCUGCAUUAUUGUUACACCAUCUCCGCCCCCCCCCUCUCUCUAAGCCCUCCCAGGCACCAGCCCGCCCUCCCUUUCAAAUUCCUGGUCCCCUUUUCCUUAGUUGUUGUCACAUGAUUACCAGCAGCCAUUUUAAACUGGAUUCUUUCCUAGGGUAUUACUCUUUUGGAAGUUAUGAAGGUAGAGGAAAACUCAUUUCUUCUCUGGAGCUGGAAUACUGCGGGCUUUUGGAAGACCGUGGGCAUUUGUAAGCGUGGCUUUCACUCAGAGUUUUGGCCUUCGUCC